AUGUUGAGAAACAUAAACUCAGAGUUAUGGCACGCUUGUGCUGGGCCACUUAUAUCGUUGCCUCCAGCGGGAAGCCUUGUUGUUUACUUCCCUCAAGGUCACAGUGAACAAGUCGCAGCUUCAAUGCAGAAGCAGACUGAUUUCAUACCCAGCUACCCGAAUCUUCCUUCUAAGCUCAUCUGCAUGCUCCAUAAUGUUACAUUGAAUGCUGAUCCUGAGACGGAUGAGGUCUACGCGCAGAUGACUCUUCAGCCAGUAAACAAAUAUGACAGAGAUGCAUUGCUUGCCUCUGACAUGGGUCUUAAGCUAAACAGACAACCUAAUGAAUUUUUCUGUAAAACCCUCACGGCGAGUGACACAAGCACUCACGGUGGAUUCUCUGUACCCCGACGAGCAGCUGAGAAAAUCUUUCCUGCUCUGGACUUCUCGAUGCAACCACCUUGUCAGGAGCUUGUUGCUAAGGAUAUUCACGACAACACAUGGACUUUCAGACAUAUUUAUCGAGGUCAACCGAAAAGGCACUUGCUAACUACAGGCUGGAGUGUCUUUGUCAGCACGAAAAGGCUCUUUGCUGGAGACUCUGUUCUCUUUAUAAGAGAUGGAAAAGCGCAACUUCUGUUGGGUAUAAGACGUGCAAAUAGACAACAGCCUGCGCUUUCUUCGUCUGUAAUAUCAAGUGAUAGCAUGCACAUUGGAGUUCUUGCUGCUGCAGCUCAUGCUAAUGCUAAUAACAGUCCUUUCACCAUUUUCUACAACCCAAGGGCUGCUCCUGCUGAGUUUGUGGUUCCUUUAGCCAAGUAUACCAAAGCAAUGUACGCUCAGGUUUCCCUCGGUAUGCGGUUUAGGAUGAUAUUUGAGACAGAAGAAUGUGGAGUUCGUCGGUAUAUGGGUACAGUUACCGGUAUCAGUGAUCUUGAUCCAGUGAGAUGGAAAAACUCUCAGUGGCGAAAUCUUCAGAUUGGAUGGGAUGAGUCAGCUGCUGGUGAUCGGCCCAGUCGAGUUUCAGUUUGGGACAUUGAACCGGUUUUAACUCCUUUCUACAUAUGCCCUCCUCCAUUUUUCCGACCUCGGUUUGCUGGGCAACCCGGAAUGCCAGAUGAUGAGACUGACAUGGAGUCUGCGCUGAAGAGAGCAAUGCCAUGGCUUGACAAUGGCUUAGAGAUGAAAGACCCUUCGAGUACGAUAUUCCCUGGUCUGAGUUUAGUUCAGUGGAUGAACAUGCAGCAGCAGAACGGCCAGUUACCCUCUGCUGCUGCUGCACAGUCGGGUUUCUUCCCGCAAAUGCUCUCACCAUCCGCGGCGUCGCUGCACAACAAUCUUGGUGGAACUGAUGAUCCCUCCAAUGCCAUUGCGCCUUCAUCUACCUCCCUAAGUCAAAGCUUUCAGCAGCAACAACAACAGUCUACGCAGCUUCAACACACACACCGCCAUUUAGGUGCUAGCACUAGCCAGAGUAGUGUAAUUGAUACCAGCAAGUCGUCAUCUAAUCUGAUGUCCGUACCGCCGCAAGACACACAGUUUACACGACAAGAAAAACAAAACCCACCUGUUGGAGGAGGGGUCAAAGCUUAUUCAGGAAUCACAGAUGGAGGAGAUGCACCUUCCUCUUCAACUUCGCCUUCCACCAACAACUGUCAGAUUUCUUCUUCAAGCUUUCUCAACAGAAGCCAAAGCGGGCCAGCAAUUUUGAUACCUGAUCCAGCGAUUGAUAUGUCUGGUAGUCUUGUUCAGGAGCUCUACAGCAAAUCAGAUAUGCGGCAAAAACAAGAACUCGUGGGUCAGCCAAAGCCCAAAGCUAGUUUAACAAAUCAUCAACUAGAAGCAUCUGCCUCUGGGACAUCUUACGGUUUAGAUGGCGGCGACAACAACAGACAACAGAAUUUCUUGGCUCCUACCUUUGGCCUCGACAGUGAUUCCAGGAACAGCUUACUCGGCGGAACUAAUGUCGAUAAUGGCUUCGUGCCUGACACAUUGCUCUCAAGGGGAUACGACUCCCAGAAAGAUCUCCAGAACAUGCUUUCAAACUAUGGAGUGACAAACGACAUUGGUACAGAGAUGUCUACUUCAGCUGUCAGAACUCAAUCUUUCGGUAUCCCCAAUGUGCCCGCGAUUUCAAACGAUGUAGCUGUCAACGAUCCUGGAGUUCUUGGUGGCGGAUUAUGGCCAACUCAGACUCAACGGAUGCGAACUUAUACAAAGGUGCAAAAGCGAGGUUCAGUGGGGAGAUCAAUAGACGUCAACCGUUACAGAGGCUACGAUGAGUUGAGGCAUGAUCUAGCGCGCAUGUUUGGGAUCGAAGGACAGCUUGAAGAUCCGCAAACGUCAGACUGGAAACUUGUCUACGUCGAUCAUGAAAACGACAUCCUUCUCGUCGGCGAUGAUCCAUGGGAAGAAUUCAUAAACUGUGUUCAGAGCAUAAAGAUCCUUUCAUCAGCUGAGGUUCAACAGAUGAGCUUGGACGGGAACUUUGCGGGUUUACCGGUUACCAAUCAAGCUUGUAGCGGCGGUGACAGUGGCAAUGCCUGGAGAGGACAUUAUGAUGAUAACUCGGCGACCUCGUUUAACCGGUGA